GCAGUGAUUUCAGAGAAAGCAGAGGCUCCUCCUGUCAGCAUUUCAGGGAAUGUGUGAACAGGGCAGGACAAGCAUGAAGCGCAAUACUUUUACUCUGGAAUUGCAACUAAAUCAGUGAAAAACCUGAAGCGGAAGCCAGAUUUAUUUACCCCCCCUCCACUGAAACCCAGCUGCUGAUUGAUUCCUUCAACUCGAGGAUGGACAAGGAUGAGGGGAAGCCAAAGACGUAUUUGUCCACCUUUCACUUUGUUCUGAAGCCCCGGGGUCAGCGCUGCGGGGACAAUCAGAGAGAAAAUGGACGGAUUACUGCUAAUAAGUCAUUGGCAGGAAGCAACAAAGUGGGAGUUUCAGCUGCUGCAGAGGCCAAACAGGUGCCGGAUCAGAGAGUGGAAGCGCCAAGCUUCAAGGAAAAAGUCCGAAACUGUGCAGUCGGCGAUGGAGGAAGUGUUACAUUUCAGGCUGUUAUCGCAGGUCAACCUCUGCAUGUUUCCUGGCUGCACAAUGGAGAGAAGGUGACAUCACCAGAGCCUUCCUUCAAGGAUGGCGUUGCCAGCCUGGCUAUAGCACGCUGUACGCAUCAAAACGCUGGCGUGUACACCUGUGUGGCGGAGAACUCUGCAGGAAGGAGGACAAGCAGUGCCGUGCUGCGAUUCACAGGAGCAACAAAGGAAGUCUCCAGAACAAACAACCAUGACCUGCAGAAGGAGGUUACACUCAAGCAUGUGUCAUCUGAAAAGACUCAAUUGUCUAUACCUUCCGAAGAGGAAAAGCGGCACGAGGAAGCUACAGCAGGAGCAAACACUCAAAUCAAAGUUCCCACUAAAAAAGGACCUCCUGUGGAGUUUGUUGACAAACCUGAUAAGGUGGAGGUUCGUGUGGGUGAACGAGCUCAGCUCAGCUGUAAGUUCAGGAGCAGCUCCCUGCCGGUGGCCUGCUGCUGGAUUUUCAACAGAGUCAAGGAGGUGACAGGAGGACCUCGGAUAUCAGUCAGGAGCACAGAGAAGCAAAGUUGUGUGGAGAUCACCCAAACUGUUCAAGAGGACACAGGAUUGUACACUCUAGUGGUUCGAAAUCGAGCGGGUUCUGCUCAGCACACAGUAUCCCUAAGCAUCAUAGAUCGACCCUCUCCGCCAGCCUCCCAACCUUUUGUUUCUCGGAAGACCACUCACUCCCUGGUUCUGUCCUGGAGCGGCCCCGGCUACGAUGGGGGCACCGCUGUGUUAGGCUACAUUGUAGAGAUCAGGCGAGAGGACUCCGUCCAACCUUGGGCAGAAAUAAGUCGGUGCAAGAACACGUCCCACCACAUCCGCUCGGGCCUGGAGCCUCAGGGACGGUACCGCUUCAGGGUCAGAGCCUACAAUUCAGCGGGGGUCAGUGAGCCGGGCAAAGAGUCCGAGUGUGUGAAGAUGGCAAACUCGACUGACAGGAGACAAGAGCCAUUGUCAUAUGUGACGGUGACUAUUGACACCCAACAUGAUUUCAAGGACCAUUAUGACAUGCAUGAGAAACUAGGGGUUGGGAAGUUUGGUGAGGUGUUCCGGGUGACCCACAAAGAGACGGGCCAGGUGUGCGCCGGUAAAUUCUACAGAGCUCGGACAUCCAAGGACAAGUUGGCAGCUCGCAAAGAGAUCCGGAUAAUGAACAAGCUGCAUCACUCGAAGCUUGUCCAAUGUCUGGCGGCGUACGAGUCCCGCUCUGGGAUCGUCAUGGUCAUGGAGUAUAUUGGAGGCGGGGAGCUCUUUGAGAGAAUCGUGGAUGACAACUUUGAGCACACGGAGCUGACCAGCGCUCGCUACAUGCGGCAGAUACUGGAGGGCAUGCACUAUGUGCACAAGCAGAAAAUUAUCCAUCUGGAUCUUAAGCCGGAGAACAUCGUCUGCGUGGAUACGACCGGCACACAGAUCAAGAUUAUCGACUUCGGCUUGGCAAACGAACUGGAGGACGACAAACCUCUGAUGGUGCUGCAUGGCACUCCGGAGUUUGUGGCCCCCGAGGUGAUCAGCUACGAGCCGGUGGGGGUGGAGACCGACAUGUGGAGCAUUGGAGUCAUCUGUUACAUCUUGCUGAGUGGAGAGUCCCCCUUUCAAGGGAACAGCGAUGCAGAGACUUUGGCUCUGGUGACGGCCGCUCGCUACGAGUUUGACCCGGAGAGUUUUGAAGACAUUUCAGACGAGGCAAAAGACUUCAUCGGCUCUCUGUUGAAGAAGGAUAGAAGGGCCAGGCUGUCAUGUGCCGAGGCCCUGUCCCACAUCUGGAUGGCUUCCUUCACGACUCUGAGCCGCAGAGCCACCAAGUCCCUGAAUAAGGAAAAGAUUAAACACUUCCUGGCUAAACGGAAGUGGAAGAAAACUGGUCAAGCAGUUUUGGCCCUAAAGCGAAUGGCUCACUUCUCCAACAAGCUGGACUCUGAUGGCAGCGCCUCAGACGAGCCAACGUGGAGCCAGGAAGCGGAGGAGGCCAUCCAGGCUCUGGACAAGCAGCUGCAGAUUGAGCCUCGCUUUCUGCAGACCCUGAGGGACACCACGGCUGCCAGUGGAGCCACGGCUACGCUAACGUGCCAUGUUGAGGGUUACCCAAAGCCAGAGGUGAGGUGGUUCCAGAGCGAGGCGGCGGUUCGGGAAUCGUCCAGAGUGACGCCGCAGCAUCAAGAAGACGGACUCUGUCGUCUGCUUCUGGCUGACCUGAAACUCUCUGACUCUGGGGUUUAUACAUGCAAAGCGGUGAACAAACUCGGAGAAGCAACUUGCUCUGCCAAACUGACUGUAAAUCCAUGAAAGAAUGUGACAAAAUGGACUUCAUUUCCCUUUAUCAUAUCAGCAUUUGGGCACACUUUUCACUCGGGACACAAAUGUUUUUAAAGAAAGGAAGCCGUCCUCACAUCACAUCACCACUCGCUUUUUUUGUACUUGUUUCAAAAAUGUAAAUUAAAGAUUGAUUUUCACAAAGCA